AGCAACGCUAUUUAGGCGGAUGACCGAAAAUGACAUUUCUAUAUCUGCUUCAUAUAGUGGCUGCACUGAUGACGAAUUGGAUUCAUUGAUCACCACAAUAAAAAGUGCAAUGCCAGAUGCUGGCUACAGUGUAGUCCGAGGUGCUCUACUUGCGAAGGGACACAGAGUGCAAUGGGAACGGGUGUAUGCAUCCAUGCAUCGUGUGGACAGUGUUGGUGUGCUCGCCAGGAUGACCCGGAUGGGAUGUGUGGUGAGGAGAACAUACACAGUUCCUUACCCUAAGUACAUGGUGCACAUUGACACCAACCACAAGCUCAUCAGGUACAACUUUGUUAUCUUUGGGGGAAUAGAUGGCUAUUCAAGGAAGAUUAUGUACUUGAAGAUAGCAGACAACAACCGGGCUGACACCCACUUGUGUUUCUUCAAUGAAGCUGUGAACGAGCACGGGUUUCCUCUGAGAGUGAGAGGAGAUCAUGGUGGAGAAAAUGUGGGAGUAGCACAAUUAAUGUUCUCAGUUCGUGGAACUGACAGUAACAGCUUCAUUGCAGGGAAAAGCGUACACAAUCAACGAAUUGAACGCCUCUGGCGUGAUGUGUUCAUGAGUGUUACGGGUGUCUUUUACAACACCCUGCACUCUCUUGAGGAACAACACCUGCUUGACAUCAGUAACGUCCUGCACAUCUUCUGCUGCCACUACGUUUUCUUGCCACGCAUCCAAGCCAACCUGGAUGUGUUCAGUGAGGCCUGGGCCAACCAUCCCAUCAGGACAGAGCAAAAUCUGACACCCAAUCAGUUGUGGCAGGUGGGCCAGCACCUGAAUCCUGUUGCAGAUCCUGAGCCUGAGGGUUUACUCAUACCAGAGAUUCAAUGGGAAGAGAGUGGAUACACAAAUGAGCAUCAUACCGGGGUCAAUGUCCCUACGCUGAACUUCCCUCUCUCAGAACUUGAAAUGAUGCAACUGCAAGACAACAUUGAUCCAUUGGAAGAAUCUGAAUGUUUCGGAGUGGACAUAUAUCUCAAUACUGUCCAAUACAUUGAGAACUUAAUUGAGCACCGAUAGUUGUUACACAUUUAACAACUAUAGUAUGAUUUGUGUCAUGAUUUCAGUUAUUUGGCAAUGAUGGAAAGUUAAUCAUUUUAUAUUUACAUAGCUUAUGCUUGAUUAAGUUAAUCUCAAUUGCAUGAUUUGACAUUUUUCUUUUGACUUAUAAUUGGAAGAGAAAUGAAUGGAAG